UUUUUAUGGCAUAUAUAUUGUUUUUAUAUAUUUAGUUUUUAAUUUCUAACGACCUUUUUAUUUCAAAUUUUUUUCACGGUUUUUCGGAUUUUUUAACGCGACGAAAAUGUAUCGGAAAAUUUGGCACAAACCUCUGCAUUGUCGAAAAAUUAAACAGUGGAGGCAUAUGCCGUUCUUUAGUAAAAUUAUUUACUACCAACAGCCCUUUAUCGAUCAUUUGGUUAACACUUGGCUGGAACCAUUACCUUUUCCGACAAUACUCAAGGUGUUGAUCACCUUCAUUUUGGCAAUUUUCAUCCUACUACCGGUCUUAUAUCCAGCGGUCAUUUUCAUUUGGUCCUACGCUGAGGUGCAGUAUAUCAUCGAAAACCACUACGACAUAGCUUUCCCGGAUAAACUGAAUGUGCUCGGCUAUCUGCACCGUCUCUACGCCUUUCGCAUUGCUAACGAAAAAUAUAAUCUCUUUCUGGUGUUGUAUUUGGAGCGCUGGCGCAUAGUGGGCACGGCGAUCGCCUCAACAAUUGACUAUAUACGGCUGGCGCUGUGUCUGGUCUUCAGCACGCAAUGAAAAAGCUACUUUAUUUUAUAUUACU